UGGGGGACAGGAUUUAAGGCAAUAAACCAAUUUUAAGCUUUAAAAUUCCGGUUUUCAUAAGAAAAUCGCCCAGAAAACCACCCUGACUCCACAGGCACAACCAGGCCCUCAGGGACCUGCUAACGAAGAUUCGGCCGCUGAUGAGCUUUUACUAAUUAAUUUUCACAUCUUAAAUUCCCCCCUAGCCCUUCCUAAGGGCUUCAAAUGAACACCCACAAGCACCAAAAUCCAAGACGCUUCGUCUUCCCGGGCCGCGUCACCUUCGCUAAUUAACACCACGAGUAAUUUAGGAGCCGUGGUGUCGAUUUCUGCUUGAAAAUAUGAUUAUUUUUAAUUGGUUUUCUUCUGUUUUUCCUCUCCGGAUCCUAUUCGGGUUGUAUCUAUAUCAGGAUCCUGCUCCUCGGCAUUUGAACCGGCUAAAAUUAGAUGCACGGACCAACCCCCACCUCAAAACAACCAUUUCUGGCGCCGGGAGUGAAAAAUAACACCUUUAAAUCCAAUUUGGCAUCGUUAAAACUCAACCCUGACGCUCGGUCCAAGAAGCUCCCGGUGACGAUGGAGUCGGGGAAAAGGAGCGCGGAUCUCGAACAACGAGAUGCAAAAAUCAGGAAAUUAACGGAAGAAUUUGAAGAAAGCGACACCGAACAUGGCGAAUGCGACGCAAAAAUCAAGGAACGCGACAGAAAAAUUACCAAACUCGCAGCAGAAAUCCGGAGACUCACUGCGCUGCUUGGGGAGCGAGACGUGAAGCUUCGGAAACUCACCGGGGAACUCGCAAAACGUGACGCAACCAUCCGGAUAUUUACGCUGGAGCUUGGGCAGCAGAACACAAAAAUCGGCGAACUCACCGCGGACGUCGGCGAGUGCAACAGGAAACUCCGCCGACACGCGGCAGAAAUCGCGGAACGGGACGAGAAAAUCCGGGAAAACGAAGCGGAAAUAAGGUUCCUGACCGAGCUGCUCGGGGAUCGAGAUUUGGAAAUUCGCAACCAGGAUUGUGUCAUUAGGAAGUUGCGGGAGGAGCUCGCGGAAUUAAAGUAUCGAGAAGCUGGAAAUCGCGUCGACGAGCACAGGAAAGAGGAAGAAAAAAUUGCCGACGUGACCCUGGACGCCGGGACCGCCCACCCGCGCCUCCUGCUGUCCCGCGACCUGCGCUCGGUGCGCUGGGAGUUCGGCCCCGACGCGCCCCCCGACGGCCCCGAGCGCUUCGACGCCGACCCCUGCGUCCUGGGCCACCAAAGCUUCACCUCGGGCCACCACUCCUGGACCGUCGACCUGACCCGCGGCCAGUUCUGCGCCGUGGGCGUCACCAAAGAGUCGCGGCCGCGCAAGGGACCCGGCGCCUUCACGCCCGAGCGCGGCGUCUGGGCCGUGCAGCGAUGGGGCUUCAAAACCAGGGCCCUGACCGACCCCCCCGUCCUCCUGGACCUGCCGCGGGUGCCCAAAAAGAUCCGGAUUUGCCUCAAUUACGAGAGGGGGGAAGUGGCGUUUUUCGACGCGGAGAACCGGGCGCCCAUCUUCAGGUUCCCGCCCGCGGCGUUCGCCGGCGAGCGGCUCCGGCCGUGGUUUUGGGUGGAAUUUGGGUCCGUUUCAUUGGUUCGGCCUUGAGCGGCGGAGCCGCCGCGUUCCGUGGGGAUUCCAACAACUCGGGGCAGCGGGACGGAAAAUAGAACCGCGUUGAAUCGCGUCGAACCACGUUGAACCAUGUUGAACUGCGUUGAAUCGCGUCGAACCAUGUUGAACCACGUUGAACCACGUUGAACCACGUUGAACCGCGUUGAACCACGUUGAACCACAUUGAACCGCGUUGAACUGCGUCAAACCACGUUGAACUGCAUCGAACCACAUCGAACCAUGUUGAACCGCGUCGAACCACGUUGAACCAUGUUGAACCGCGUCGAACCACGUUGAACCGCGUCAAACCACGUCGAACCGCAUUCUCCACCGUUCCAAACCGUCCCGCGUGUCCCCAGCGGAAGGUACCAGAAGGUCGGCCCGACCUCGACGUCUUCCAGUUGGGGUUGAUGUGGAAACUUCAGCUGUUUGAGUCAGUUUUAGAGUAGACGGGGGAAAUGAGCAUUUUGGGUGGGGAACCGUUGGGGACCUUCUCGGGCAACCAUUGAAGAACCUUCUUGGGCAACCAUUGAGCGACCUUGGGCGACCAUUGAGGACCUUCUUGGGCAACCAUUGAAGGACCUUCACAAACCACUGAAGCACCUUCUUGGGCGACCACUGAAGGACCUUCUUGGGUGAGCAUUGAAGGACCUUCACAAACCGUUGAGGAACCUUCUUGGGCAACCACUGAGGGACCUUCACAAGCCACUGAAGGACCUUCUUGGGCAACCAUUGAAGGACCUUCUUCACCAACCAUCUCACAGACCUUAAUUAACACUAAUUAAUUCCCCUUUAAGCCCAGCUCAUUUCCCCCCCACGUUGCCCAGUGGGUCCUUCCAAUAAACCACAAGAACCUC